GGAGCUCUGGGAAAUUAUUUUUCAGAUCUUACACGCUCUAAUCAAUGCUUUGAUCUCAACAAUAUGCUCUACCAAACAGCGGAAUUUCGCUUUUGAAGUUGCAUUACUGUCCUAGGGUUUCUGGUGAAGAUCAGAGCGUAGCGUAUUGGAUUUGAAGUGGGGAUUUAUAUGUAAAUUGCUGUUUUAGGGUUUUGAUUGAAUAUUUUGGGGUGAAAUGGAGGGGCGUACGAGGAAGUACAGGCAAGUGAGUCCGGAGAGAGCUAAAGUGUGGACGGAGAGGUCGCCGAAGUAUCAUCAGCAUAAUCGGAAAGUUCCUGUAGUAUAUUAUCUCUGUAGAAAUAGGCAGCUUGAGCAUCCUCAUUUCAUCGAAGUCCCUCUCUCUUCUUCAGAUGGCCUCUACUUGAGAGAUGUGAUUGAUAAGCUAAAUAGCCUGAGAGGCAGAGGCAUGGCUUCAAUGUAUUCGUGGUCUUGCAAGAGGAGCUACAAGAAUGGGUUUGUGUGGCAUGAUCUUUGUGAAGAUGACCUCAUUCUUCCUGCUCAUGGAAAUGAAUACGUUCUUAAGGGCUCUGAACUCUUUGAAGAAUCUGGUCCAGGUCGUCUCAGUCCAGCUGCUAAUAUAAGAUUGCCAAUUCACAAACAAUUAGCAGAACCAGAAUCUUCCAGGAGCCAAGACGAGUCUUCAUCUUCUUCGAGCAUGAGUGGGAGAGAUACAAAGCAUUCUCAGGAUGAUGAGCUCUCUCCUCCGGUUCAACAUCCGAGUUCUUCGGGAGUUUCCCCAGAAUCCAGUGCUGUGAAAGAUUCCUCUGGGCAUGGUUUGUUAGCCUUGGCUGAGUAUAAGGUUUACAAGAGCCAUGGUCUUGCUGAUGCUUCCACUCAAACUGAGGAAAACGCAAGCAGAGCGAAUAGAGCUCGAAAGACUUGUACAAGGGGUGUGUCGACAGAUGAUGGUUCAUUAGAACCUGAAAGGAAUGGGAAACAUCAAAACCAAAUUCCACGUGUGAAACAGAGUUCUGAAAUUUGCAGGGAUUCAGUCUCCCCUCCUCCAUCUUCAUCCAGUGCCUCUUCAUCUGGUGGUAAGACCGAGACCUUGGAAUCUCUGAUCAGAGCUGAUGCUAGUAAGCUUAAUAGCUUUAGGAUACUCGAAGAGGAGGAAUUUCGAAUGCCGACCUGUACAAAGGUCAAGGCUUCAAAUAUGCUGAUGCAGCUGAUCUCCUGUGGAUCAAUUUCAGUGAAAAAUCACAGCUUUGGCCUCAUUCCAACCUACAGGCCAAGGUUUUCACAUUCAAAAUUUCCUUCCCCAUUGUUCUCCACGUCGACGAUGUUGGGAGAGAUGGAUUGCCUGACUGAGAAUCCAAGGCUUAUGAGUCUGCGGUUGGAAGAUAAGGAAUAUUUCAGUGGGAGCUUGGUUGAGACAAGUAUGCUUAAGGAAGGAGUAGCUGUUCUAAAACGAUCUUCUUCCUACAAUGCUGACAGGACAAGUAAACAAUUUGAUUCGGGUGAAGACAAAGAGGAAACUACCUCGGCACAUUCAAAGUGCAUCCCACGAUCAAUCAAGGCUUCACUGAGCAAGCAGCCAAGAAGUGAUUCAACGAGAUCUCCCAUUUCUGAGGGACCAAGAAUCUCAUCAGACGGAGUUCACAGCUCACGAUCCAUAACACCUGCUGGAUCCAAUGGUGGCAGCAAAAGAAUCACAGAGCCAUCAUCAGGGAAGAAACAAUCAAAGAGACUAGAUUCCUUCAGAACAGAGGAUAGUGUAAUCAAAUUCGAAGAAAGUUAAGUUUUGACUCUUAACUCAUUUUUCCAAUAGACACUCAACUAACUAAAAACAUUCUGCUUAUCUUGUUCAAGCUGGUUGAGAUUCAUAGUGAUUUUAUCCCAAC